AUGUUCUUGUUUCAACUUUUACGACCGAUGACAGAGGCAACACUUCCGACAGAGACAGCACCCGCAACGGGCGAAGACGACUAUGACCUUGAGACUCUCUUCCAGCCACCGAUCGACAUCUUCCAUCCACUCGGAGACGUCGUGCUUCACGUUGUCGAUGACAAGAACCUCGAAAGCCGAUUUCAGGUCAGCACUGAUAUGCUGGCUCAAGCAUGCCCAUUCUUCGAUAAGUUACUCAAUGGCGACUUUGCCGAAGGACAGAAGAAUGAUCGGAAUGGUUCUGAUAAGAGGGAGGUUCAAAUCAGAGAGAACCGAACGGUGGUACAGAUUCUGUGUUGUGUGAUUCACCACAAGAAGUUGGAAGACGAAAUGAAGCUUUCUCCGUCCGUGGUCCUGCAAUAUGCGAUUCUGGUCGACAAGUAUUAG